AAUAAACAAUUGCGUAAAUGUUUCGUAAAUCUGCGCUAAAAUAAACUUAUCUACAAACAUUUGAGUAAACUUACUUACAAAUGUGAGAAAUAAGUUUAAUUAUAAGUUUACUUAUCUUAUAUUUGUAAGUUUAAAAUAAAUGCGUUGAAAAAACGUUUACUUACAAACAUAAAUGUAAACUUAUGAUGCAACAUUGCAAAUCAGUUUACAUGUAAACACAAAAAGUAAACCAACCGUUUACCAUUUCCCGUUAGUUUUUUCGCCGACUCUGUGGCGACUGUUUUUCCUUUUUUGAGUGAUCGCAGUUCAUAAUUAUUGAAUUUGUGAGAAGUAAAGACGUGCGUUUUAAAUAAAACAGUGGAAAAGUGAAUAACUAAAAAUAAUUAAUUGAAAAAUUACUUACAUAUCUGUAAGUUAUAUUUAGAAGUGUUUUAAAUAAAAUAAAAUAAAAAAGGCCUUUACAAUAUAAAAGGGUAAGUUGCAUGUUGUAUUUUAAGGCGUUGUUAUAGUUUUUUUAACUGCUAUUCGCGGAAAAUAUGCCACGCAUUCUAACUAAGUUUGUUUUUUGCAGGAAUACAGGAAAUAAGGUGAUUCCAAAACUUAAAAGGUAAAUAAUAUAUGGUAUUUUCAUUUAUUAUUUCUUAUUGUUGUUUUUUAUAUUAACAUAUGUUAUACUUAGUUAUAAAAAUUGCAAAUGAGUUCCUUAAAGCGGUACAGAACAGCAAAAACUUUUAGUUGCGAGUUGAUGCACUUGUUGUAUUCAAAUGAUAAUGAACAGUCGCAACCUACAACCUCCGCAGCUUCACCUAAUCCUAUUUAAAUCAUCAGUAUUUCAUAUAUAUAAUACAAACAGCUUAACUUUUUCAAAUGUUUUAAGUUCCCAUAUCCUAACCAAAAUAAUAAAAGUAAUUUAUUUACAUAACUUUGAAAGUGAUUCACAUUCCUUUCUUCCCCUAGUUUCACAUAAUGUCCGCCAAUAAAUCAUACACAUACCACUCCCAAGAACCAAUAGCCCAAAUAAAUACCGAUGGAGUGCAUUUGCAAUUUGAAACAUCCAUCAACCAAAACGGAAAUAACCACAACAUAGUCGAACAAGCAGGAACAAUUAAUAGCUAUACACUGGAUCCCACAUUUUUAGAAGGUAGUCAAUAUCAAUUAUUUAUUUGAAAAGUUUUUUUUAAUGAAAAUGUUUUUUUGCAGCAAUUCAAAGCUCCAUUGAUGCAGCUGUAUCCAAAUCUAUGGGAAGAAUCGUCGAGGAGGUAAGAAGCUUGCGGCGAGAUAUCGCAGAGUUGAGGAAUAGCAGAGACAAUGUUCCAUCAAAAAAGAUUAUGCCAGCGGAACCUUUUAACACAGUGGAGCAAUUUAUGGAAUUGGAGAGUUUACUCCAGAAGGAUGAAGAAUAUGCUAAAUUUAAAUCGGAACUUAUGCAAAAUAUUAAAUACACAGGAGCGAAAUUCGUCAGAACAGCUUGGCGCUCAUUGGUAUCCGAUGAAUGUGCUCAACAUUUUGCUUGGAGUGGAACGUCAGAAAAAAAACCUGUCCGCGUCUUAAAAGUAUCUAUGGCUAUACGAGAUGUCUUCUUACAUGAAGUGAAGGGCAAUGACACUGAAUAUAUAAGUGGCACCAAGACGAUUUUUCAGUUUGCCAAAAAUAGACAAAAACGGAAGCACCAAAAUGCAGCAAAUUAAUUAUUUUACAUAACUAUUUUUCUAUCAUUUCAUUUUUAAAGAAUGUUUUUUAAAUUUUAAUUUUUAGUUUAAUU